AAUCAGCAGUCAUCUUGACACGCCCCUUGAAUAUUCGUUUUCGGUGACUGAAUGCAGGUCAGAGAAUAAACAUUUCCAAUAAAUUUUUCAUUGGUUUUAUAAUUUUUAUUGAUUAAUGCUCUGAUUGAUUUUCAUAAAAUCUUUUAAUAAUUUAAAAUGACGGAGCAACAAAUGGAUUGUGCAUUGGAUUUAAUGAGAAGAUUACCACCCCAGCAAAUUGAAAAGAAUUUAAGUGAUUUAAUAGAUCUAGUGCCAUCUCUUUGUGAAGAUCUUUUAUCUUCUGUUGAUCAACCUUUAAAAAUUGCAAAAGAUAAAGAAUCUGGGAAAGAUUAUUUACUUUGUGAUUAUAAUAGAGAUGGAGAUUCUUAUAGAUCUCCUUGGAGUAAUACAUAUGAUCCCCCUUUAGAAGAUGGCUCAAUGCCUUCUGAAAGACUUAGAAAAUUAGAGAUAGAUGCAAAUCACGCAUUUGAUCAAUAUAGAGAACUCUAUUUUGAAGGUGGAGUUUCUUCUGUUUAUCUCUGGGAUUUAGAUCAUGGUUUUGCAGCAGUAAUAUUGAUUAAAAAAGCAGGUGAUGGUUCAAAGAAAAUUAAAGGCUGUUGGGAUUCAAUUCAUGUAGUAGAAGUUCAAGAAAAAUCUAGUGGAAGAAUUGCACAUUACAAAUUAACUUCUACUGCAAUGCUUUGGUUACAAACUAAUAAACAUGGAUCUGGAACAAUGAAUCUUGGUGGAAGUCUUACUAGACAGGUUGAACAAGAUGCUCAAAUAAGUGAAAAUUCUCCGCAUAUUGCUAAUAUUGGUCGUAUGGUUGAAGAUAUGGAAAACAAAAUCCGAAAUACGCUAAAUGAAAUUUAUUUCGGGAAAACAAAAGAUAUUGUAAAUGGUUUAAGAUCUGUUCAAUCAUUAGCUGAUCAAAGACAACAAGCCGCUCUCAGGCAGGAUCUCGCGGCAGCUUUGCAAAGGAGAAAUGCAAAUAAUUGAUCUUAUGAAGAAGAUCAGCUUUCUUUCAAUUGUGAGGAGUGUCAAUAAAAAAAAGAAAAAACAAAGAAAUCAUAAUAAUGAAAUUAAAAUUCGAAUGUUGCAAUUAUUAUAAUAUAAAGGACAAUUUCCUGUGAUAUACAGGGUGCAACGGUAAAGAUGAAUUUUCCUGAAAUAUUAA